UAUAUGGAGGGAAAAUGGGGAUAUACCCAUUACCCCAAUAUACCCGACCCGGCCUUUCCACUGGCUUACAAAGAAGAGAACAAAAGAAAAUGCCCAUUGCUUUCCUUCUUCUUCCUCUUCUCGCUUUCCUCUUUAACCCAGCUAUAACUCAGACUCUGACUCAGUAUAUAUUUUCGGUCUCUUCCUCUUCUGCUCAAACAAACAUUGCCACAGCAAUCAGAAACCUUUUUUUGCAUGAAACCCAGUUUUUCAGCUUCCAUGAUUUUGCUUCAUCGUCAGUGAACUAAACGGAACCCAAAGUUUAAUAAAAAAAAAAAAGAUGAGCACAGUGGAUAAGAUGUUGAUAAAAGGAAUCCGGAGUUUCGACCCGGAAAACAAAAACGUUAUCACUUUCUUUAAACCCUUAACCCUAAUCGUUGGACCCAAUGGUGCUGGCAAAACCACAAUUAUAGAGUGCUUGAAGCUUUCUUGCACUGGGGAGUUGCCUCCAAAUGCAAGGUCUGGUCAUAGUUUCAUUCAUGACCCCAAGGUUGCAGGGGAGACGGAGACAAAGGGGCAAAUUAAGCUGCGGUUCAAGACAGCGGCGGGAAAAGAUGUGGUAUGUAUAAGGUCAUUCCAAUUGACCCAAAAGGCAUCAAAGAUGGAGUAUAAAGCAAUCGAGAGUGUGCUUCAAACCAUAAAUCCUCACACUGGAGAGAAAGUUUGCCUCAGCUAUAGAUGUGCUGACAUGGACCGAGAAAUACCAGCUUUGAUGGGAGUCUCAAAAGCUAUUCUGGAAAAUGUGAUAUUUGUACACCAAGAUGAGGCCAAUUGGCCUUUACAAGAUCCUUCGACUUUAAAAAAGAAGUUUGAUGAUAUCUUCUCUGCUACCAGAUAUACAAAAGCCUUGGAGGUCAUAAAAAAGCUUCACAAAGAUCAAGCUCAAGAGAUAAAGGCUUAUAAGCUAAAACUGGCGCACUUGCAGACCUUGAAAGAUGCUGCAUAUAAGCUUCGAGAAAGCAUUGCUCAAGAUCAAGAAAAAACAGAAUCUUUGAAAAGCCAAAUACAGGAAUUGGGAAAAAGCAUUGAUGACCUGGAUGCUAAGAUUCAUAAUGCUGAAGCAACAUUGAAAGAUCUGCGAAAGAUAGAGGACCAGAGAUCAACAAAGACUGCUGAAAGGAGCACUUUGUUCAAGGAGCAGCAGAGACAGUAUGCAGCUCUUGCUGAGGAAAAUGAAGAUUCUGAUGAAGAAUUGUUGGAAUGGAAAACCAAGUUUGACGAAAGGAUUAUGUUAUUGGAUAAUAAAAUUCAGAAAUUGGAGAGUAACCAGCAGGACUUGCAAAAUGAGAGUUCUGCUUAUAGGAGUAAAUUAGAUGCAUAUAUUGUGGAGAUUGGCAAGCUUCAAAGGGAUGCGGAGUAUCUUGUGGUGUCAAAAAAAGAAAGAGAUUCUGCCAUUCAACAAUUAUAUGCACGGCUCAAUUUAGGUUCUAUCCCAAAUAGCCCCUUUAGCGAUGAAGUUGCUCUGAAUCUCACAAAUCAAAUAGAAGAGAGGUUGAUGGAGCUUGAUAAAGAUUUGGACGAGAAAAAGAAAUCAAAUGAAAUGAGGCUAAAGACUGCAUGGGAUUGCUACAUGGGUGCAAAUGACCGUUGGAACAGUAGUGAGGCUCAAAAGAAGGCUAAAUUAGAAGUCAAGACUUCUAUUUUGAAACGUUUGGAAGAGAAGAAAAUUGAUCGUGAUUCACUUGAACUUCAAAUUUCGGAUGUCAAUCUUUCUCUCAUUGAUGAAAGAGAAAAGAAUAUGCAAAUUGAGAUGGACAGAAAGAAAAAGCAAUUUGAUGAGCAAAGCUUUGAUGCAAACAUACAACAAAAGCAGCAUGAGGUAUACGCCAUAGAUCAAAAGAUUAAGGUCCUUAGUCUAGAGAGAGACAUCAUUGCUGGUGAUGCUGAGGAGAGAAUGAUGCUAUCUAUAAAAAAGAGAGAGUUGGAGUACAAGAAGAAACAACACAAAAGGAUAAUUGAUGAGUACAAGGACAGGAUUAGAGGAGUACUAAAAGGGAGGGUUCCUCCUGACAAAGAUGUGAAAAGGGAAAUUACCCAAGCUUUAAGGGCUACUCAAAUGGAGUAUGAUGAAUUAAGCACGAAAUCCAGUGAAGCCGAGAAGGAAGUAAAUAUGUUGCAGAUGAAAAUAGAUGAAAUUAAUAAUAACCUAUCCAAACAUCAGAAAGAUAUGGACUCAAGGAAGCGAUUUCUUGAAACCAGACUAAAUUCUUUGGAUCAACAAUCUUUUACCAUCGAUUUCUAUCCCAAAGUCUUGGAGACUGCUAAGGAGAAAAAGGAUAUCCAUAAAAGCAAAUACAACAUUGCUGAUGGCAUGAGGCAAAUGUUUGAUCCAUUUGAAAGAGUUGCCCGUGCUCAUCAUGUUUGCCCAUGCUGUGAGCGACCUUUUUCUGCUGAAGAGGAAGAUGAAUUUGUUAAGAAGCAAAGAGUCAAGGCAGCAAGUUCAGCUGAACAUAUGAAAGUGUUGGCAGUGGAAUCAUCAAAUGCUGAGUCUCACUUUCAGCAGUUGGACAAGCUUCGUAUGGUUUAUGAGGAAUAUGUUAAAACUGGAAACGAGACAAUUCCUCUUGCUAAGAAAACUUUGCAUGAACUUACAGAAGAGCUCAAUCAAAAGUCUCAAGCCCAUUAUGAUGUGUUAGGUGUUUUAGCCCAAAUAAAGACUGAUAAGGAUUCCAUUGAGACCUUGGUGGAACCUGUUGAAACUGCUGACAGGCUCUUCCAAGAAAUUCAGGGUUUGCAAGCAGAAGUUGAAGGUUUGGAAUAUAAGUUUGAUAUUAGAGGGCAAGGUACUAGAACUGUGGAAGAGAUCCAAUUGGAGCUAAACAGUUUGCAAAACACAAGGGACGUUUUACAUAAUGAAGUGGAGAAUUUAAGGGUGGAACAGAGGUACAUGGAAAAGGACUUGUCAAGCAUUCAAUUGCGGUGGCAUGGUAUAAGGGAGAAAAAAAUUGAGGUAGCCAACACAUUGCGUGAGUUUAAAAAGGUGGAAGAAGAGUUAGAGCACUUAGCUGAGGAGAAACGUCAACUUGAUCUUGAGGAGAAGCAUUUAGCAGAGUCUCUUGGUUCUUUAUUCAAGGAGAAGGAAAAAUUGCUGAAUGACUAUGAAUGUUUGAAAGUAAAACUCACUCAGGAAUAUGAGCAGCAGCAUAAACUUAGAAGCUCAUAUCAACAUGAAGCUGAAGCACUAUCUCAAACUAGCAAUAAGAUUAAAGGGUAUUAUGAUUUAAAGAAAGGGGAGAAAUUAAAGGAACUGCUAGAACAGCAAUCUGUGAUGAAAUCUCAACUUCUCAGCUGUGAAGCUAGGAAACAGGAAAUUUUGGCUGAGCUAAACAAAAGUAAAGACUUGAUGCGGAAUCAAGAUCAAUUAAGACGUAACAUUGAGGAUAACUUGAAUUACAGGAAAACAAAAGCUGAAGUAGAUGUACUUACUCGUGAAAUUGAUUUACUGCAAGACAGAAUAAUGGAGAUUGGUGGUAUUUUCAAAUUUGAAGGUGAACUGCGAAAAUUCUCGGAAGACAGGGAGAGACUUCUUUCAGAGCUUAACAGAUGCCGAGGAACAAUGUCUGUUUACCAGAGUAAUAUUUCAAAGAAUAAAGCCGAACUUAAACAAGCACAAUACAAGGACAUUGACAAGCGGUACUUUGAUCAGCUAAUCCAGCUUAAGACAACUGAGAUGGCAAACAAGGACCUGGAUAGAUACUACAAUGCACUUGACAAAGCACUCAUGCGCUUUCAUUCAAUGAAAAUGGAGGAAAUAAACAAAAUUAUAAGAGAAUUGUGGCAGCAAACAUACAGGGGACAAGAUAUAGAUUAUAUUAGCAUUCAUUCAGAUUCUGAAGGUGCUGGAACUCGCUCUUACAGCUACAAGGUUCUCAUGCAAACUGGUGAUGCUGAGCUUGAAAUGAGAGGACGAUGUAGUGCAGGUCAGAAGGUCCUUGCUUCUCUUAUCAUACGGUUAGCUUUAGCUGAGACAUUUUGCCUCAACUGUGGAAUCCUAGCACUAGAUGAACCAACCACAAAUUUGGAUGGCCCAAAUGCUGAGAGUCUUGCAGCAGCUCUCCUUAGAAUUAUGGAGGACAGAAAGGGCCAGGAGAAUUUUCAGCUGAUAGUUAUUACUCAUGAUGAACGAUUCGCUCAAUUGAUCGGUCAACGGCAACAUGCAGAGAGAUAUUACCGGGUCACCAAAGAUGACCAUCAGCAUAGUAUAAUUGAAGCCCAGGAGAUAUUUGAUUGACUUUUUCCAAAGGAUUUUUGAUACUUCAUCCUCAACUGCCUUUCUUGGAGAUGAAUCAGUAUGUGUGACCAAAUGCUGCUCUUGAAAUACCAGUCAGUGGUUGGUUUGUUGUUAUAUGUAAAGCUUGUACAUGCAGUAACCAUAUAAAGUAACGUCUAUGAUAAUGUAAGCUUGUACUCUUUUUUGAUAAAUUGUAUUGUGCUGAAGAAGAGUGUUCCAUGGUCUGACUUUAUUAAUGUCUGCAAAUUCUCAACCUUUGACAUAGAGAUA